AUGGAUGAAUUCAGCAAAAUAAUAUGUGAAUGCUUGUGCUUGAUGGUAUCCAUAGUACUCAUAAUUUUGGCUGGACUGACCUACACGAUCAAACGCCCGCACUGCUACAUCCAAGAAUUCUACGUUCCCGCCCUCGACCUCUCCCUAAAUAGUACCACCACAGCCGUAAUCAACCCUUGUCUCUUCUUCGAGCUCGCGUUCGAGAACAUUAUGGCAGAUCACAGUGUACGCUACGGAGAUGUUAACCUCACCUUCUCGUAUGGUCGAAGUGCGGUCGCCAAAUACGUGGUCCCCACUUUCUACCAGGGGAAGUUGAAGAGGGCCGACAGGCGAGAGGUGGUGGAGAGCAGUGGGGUGCCGUGGGAGGCCGCCGUGAAGGUGGUUUCGAAUGGGUCGGCGGCGGUUUUUCGGGUGGAUUUGGUGGCACGGCCGAGGUUUAGGUUUUGGUUUUGGUAUUCAAAGAGGAAAGGUAUGAGGAUUGGGGCUGACGUGGAGGUUGAUGGGUUUGGGAUGAAGAUGAAGAGAGAGGAUAUUAGGCUGACCAACUUGGGGUCUUCCAAAAGUAGGGUUGGCAUAUUUGUUAUGUUUGUUGGUCUUUUAGUUACCUUGUUGUGUUUGUUCUAA